UUUCUUCCAUAUAAAUAGGAUUUCAUGAUACUCUCGAUUUUGAUUCGAAUUUUUUAAUUUUGUAUAGCCUCCCUGAAUCCAAACCGGGAUUCUAUUCUCACUUAUAGCCAAAGGUUUAUACUCACCUACCAUAACUGAUACUCAAGCGAUGGAUGACCGCCAGUUCGCAGAAGAUCUUGAGCCAAGAGACAUCUUGCUAUACCCCGUGGGAGAAUCUUCCAAGCUCCAUCUCAAAAACAAUCCUGACCAACCUUUCCAACGAGGCUGCAUCUUCCAACAAAGCGACCGAAUUUCCGUCAGUUGCGAGCAUAAAGAUAUCAUACAUGGAUCCUCCUCUAAAGAGAACGAUGAUUUUUACAGCCUCAUCAUUCUUCGAUUUUGUUUCCAGCCCAAUGGCAUAGCACACCGCAUCAAAGAAGCACAUGUCAAGAUCAAAUUUUCAGCACUGGAUCGAGGCAAGCCUGACCCUGAGGUGAAAGCAAUCUCUCCCGACGGUUUAUUCUCUGUUGAACCGACUCAACAGAAUGAGACUUUACACAGAAGUGGUGGAUUGAAUGCUGCGGGUGGAGUUGGUGGCGUGUCUGUAGCUGCGGAUUUGCAAACAGAGUCGACUAUUGACCGUGUUAUUCCUAAUGCGACGAUGCUCCGAGGCUCCAUUAAAAUCAUUGAUCGUAUAUGGGGAACGAAUAAUGGCGUGGAGUGGGCGCUCUGGGAGAAUAGUUCCUUGAAAACCGGGGUUGUGCCGUAUAUGCAAGCAGCCAUUUUGGUAAAACGAUACGACAUGGACAACUUCAAGUCCACAGUAAAAAUCGAUGUCACAGCUGAUACCGCAACAGCUAUUGCAUCGAUUUUCAAAACCAAACCUGAAGUUGACGACGUUUGGUACGACCCGAAUAGGGAGGCCACAAGCAAAUCAUACGACACGGAUAAUUUAGGGGCGUUGUCGCUCGAUUCAUUUCGCGAUGUAACCUUUCGUACAGUAUUGAGGAAUGCGAUGAAGGAGAGCUGAGAUGAUGUCCGAGGUGUAAAUUGUAGGAUGUUCUGGCCUCAGCAUCAUAUUUCAUAUCUUAAUGGUUUCGGCCAUGGUUACACUCUUUUUCGGGAUAUCUGACCAAUACGGCAUCAAUGGUAAUAUUCCAUGAGAAUCACACUUUUUAGCUAGGAAUCAAUCAAUCAACUUGGUUUUCUUCAUGUUCUCUUAACCAGACAAUUCUCCUUUAGGCAAUGCCCCCUUGAGGUAGUGCAAGCCCAACAUCGGUUA